AUGGCAACUGAUGGAAAGCUUGUUACAAUUCUCAGCAUUGAUGGAGGAGGAGUGAGAGGCAUUAUUCCUGCAACAAUCCUCGCCUUCCUUGAAAUUCAACUCCAGAAGUUGGAUGGUGAGAAGGCAAGGAUUGCAGAUUACUUUGAUUUCAUUGCCGGGACUAGCACUGGAGGCCUUGUUACAGCCAUGCUCACCUCCCCAAAUGAUGAAAAUCAACCGAUGUUUACUGCAAAGGAGAUCAUUAAAUUUUAUCAUGAACACUGUCCACAUAUCUUUCCUUUUGAAGAGUUCCAUACAUAUGCAAUGGUUCCCAAAUAUAAUGGUGAAAAAUUGCAGGAAAUCAUCAGAAAUUUGCUUGAACAGACAAGCCUUCGUCAGACUCUAACCAAUGUGAUAAUUCCCUCUUACGAUAUCAAGCUUCUCCAACCCAUAGUUUUCUCCACCUUAAAGGCGAGACGUAAUGAUUUAGAGGAUGCUCAACUAGCAGAUAUUUGUAUCAGCACUUCUGCGGCACCAUAUUACCUCCCUCCUCAUAAAUUUGAGGUCAAGUCGAGAACAUUCAACAUGGUCGAUGGUGGUGUUGCAGCGAACAAUCCGGAAAAGUAUUGUAUUUUCAAAAACACACUGCUAGCAAUAUCAGAGGUUGCCAAGGAGAAGAAUUUAGAAGGAAAAGCUGAAUGCUCGAACAACAUGGAUCGCAGCAAACUUCUUGUUCUUUCUCUUGGAACUGGAUCAUCAAAAAGACAUAACGAGCUUAAGGUUGGGAGUAAAUCCUGCGGACUCAUUCACUGGGUUGUGGGGCCUAAUGGUAGCACCCCUAUCUCUGAUGUUCUCCUGACUGCAAUGGAUGAUAUGGUUGACAUAUAUUUAUCUGCUUUCUUUCAAGGCCCUAGUUUCAAGGACAAUUAUCUACGAAUUCAGACUGAUAGCUUGAAAAGUAGUGAAAUCACCUUGGACAAUUCUAACAAAGAAAACCUUGAAAAUCUCGAGAAGAUUGGGAAUGCGCUUCUGAAAGCGCCUGUUUCUAAAGUGAGCUUGGCAACUGGAUUACUUGAACCAGUUCGAGGGGAAGACCACACAAAUGAAGCAGCACUCAUCGAGUUUGCCAAACGAUUGACAGCCGAAAGGAAGUGUCGCCAAGCUAAAUGCUCCAACUAGUGCCAGUGAGGCACACUUUCCCUAGAUCAAAUUUCCUUGAAGAAUGACCAUAAUAAAUUCUCCUCCUUGUAUAUACAAGGAGGGAUGUUGUUUCGUAGUUCUUAAGGUCCACUUUCAGUCUUGCAUUGUUGUUCAAAUCCAUUCCCUUCUGUUUGUCUGUGUUGUUGUAAUAUGGUCAAGGAGGAGUUAUGCCUGAACUUGGGAGGUAGUCAUGGUUAAGCAUGAGAGUCGUCUAUGUUCUGUUAUUAUAAUUAAUUGUGAUGCAAUCUUUGAAACCUUCACGCCUGCUGCAGCCUGU